GGGAAUCCAUCCUCCCUUGACCGCCCUGACUCACAGACCUCCAGGGCAGCACCUCACGUGACGCAUUGAGAGAGAAAGAGAGAGGGCCCCAUCACGUGGUUGUGAACGCCACUGAAAAGAAAGUGCUGUACCCGUCUCGGCAGAUAAGAAGGGCCCCAGCAGUGGUCGCAGUCUGUAUUGGGUUAGUUCACUUGGUUGUCCGGCCUUCCACACGCUUCCUAAAAAAAUGCGGGGGUACAUUGUUUUGUGCUGCUUGUUCGUGACUGCUGCUGCAAUUACGCAUCAAGAGCUCAUCGGCGCAGAGUGGUCAGCGUUCAAGGCAUUACAUGGAAAGGACUAUGCAUCUGACACAGAAGAAUACUACAGGCUCAAGAUCUACAUGGAAAACAGGCUGAAGAUUGCACGGCACAAUGAGAAGUAUGCCAAAAGCCAGGUCUCGUACAAGCUUGCCAUGAAUGAAUUUGGAGACUUGCUACACCACGAGUUCGUCAGCACACGCAACGGCUUCAAGCGCAACUACAGGGACUCUCCACGAGAAGGCAGCUUCUUCAUCGAGCCUGAGGGCUUUGAGGAUUUGCACCUGCCCAAGACUGUCGACUGGAGGAAGAAAGGCGCUGUGACCCCUGUCAAGAACCAGGGACAGUGCGGAUCUUGCUGGGCCUUCAGCACCACGGGAUCCCUGGAGGGCCAGCACUUCCGCAAGACACGCAAGCUUGUGUCACUCAGCGAGCAGAACCUGGUCGACUGCUCCAGAAGCUUCGGCAACAACGGCUGCGAGGGUGGUCUCAUGGACAAUGCUUUCAAGUACAUCAAGUCCAACAAGGGCAUUGACACAGAGUGGAGCUACCCUUACAAUGCCACGGACGGUGUUUGUCACUUCAACAGGAGUGAUGUGGGUGCCACAGACACUGGUUUCGUCGACAUACCAGAAGGGGACGAGAACAAGCUGAAGAAGGCCGUGGCUACGGUUGGACCCGUCUCGGUUGCCAUCGACGCCAGCCACGAGUCAUUCCAGUUCUACUCGGAAGGUGUCUAUGAUGAACCAGAGUGCAGCAGUGAGCAGCUUGACCACGGUGUCCUUGUUGUUGGCUAUGGAACCAAGGAUGGCCAGGACUACUGGCUCGUCAAGAACAGCUGGGGCACAAGCUGGGGCGACGAGGGCUACAUCUACAUGACAAGGAACAAGGACAACCAGUGUGGAAUCGCAAGCUCAGCCAGCUAUCCUCUCGUCUAGUUAUGAGCGGUUUUUUUUACAUGCUCCUCUUCCUUUCAUAUUGCAUCCCCGCUCACUCGGCACAAAUAAACUUUUUUUU